GAAAUGGAAGUUCCAAUGAAGUACAUUUGCUUUCUAAUGCUUCUCAUAACUCUAGGCAUUGCUGGGAUUGAUGGGGCCGGUGAAUGUGGGACAUCUUCUCCUGACAUGGAGGCUACGAAGUUGGCUCCCUGUGCAUCAGCAAUACAAUCUCAGAAUGCUAGAGUUUCUGACAGGUGCUGCACUCAGGUGAAAAAGCUUACCCAGAACCCAACUUGCCUUUGUGCUGUUAUUCUUUCCAAUACAGCUAAAUUCGCCAGAGUUAAGCCUGAUGUUGCACUGGCCGUUCCCAAACGCUGCAAUAUUACUGAUCGUCCAGUGGGACUCAAGUGUGGAGCUUAUACGUUGCCCUAAAGACUGAAGUUCCUGAGUCACGGUGCCUCUGCAUGCUUAUGAAGUAUUUGCUGUUUAAUACUAUUAUGCUUAGAUUGUAUCCUUGUUGCUACUUAAUCUAACUAGUCGGUUCACUCUGCAUGACAU